AAGGACCUGACAAAAUACCUCGAUCCGAGCGGGCUUGGAGUCAUCAGCUUCGAAGAUUUCCAUCGGGGGAUCAGAGCUAUCAAAAAUGGAGAUCCUGACAGCCAGUUGUAUGAUAUGGGAUAUACCCCUGAGGAGGAAGCCCCGGCCUGUCCCGAUGAGUUCGAUGACUUCGUCACGUUUGAGGCAAAUGAGGUGACUGACAGCGCUUACAUGGGCUCAGAGAGCACCUACAGCGAGUGCGAAACCUUCACGGAUGAAGACACCAGCACACUAGUACACCACGAGAUGCACGACGAAGUAGAAACGGACAGUGCCAUCGACUCCACCGUGCACUCGGAGUUCACGGAUCCCAUCGAGGAGCCGGAGCAUGGAUCCCAUCCCCACGACCUGCCCCUGGGCUCGGACCUCAGCCACUCCAUCGUUACGGUCAUUAGCGGAGAGGAGCAUUUUGAGGAUUACGGAGAAGGGAAUGAAGCAGAUUUGUUCUCGGACAGCUUGUGUAAUGGGGAAAGCAGCUUUCACAGCUCCUCGUUCCUCUCUCCCAGCACCAACCCGCUCGCUGCGAAACUGCACAGCAUUAUUGCAGACGAAGCGUUUGAGUUUUACUGUAGCCAGUGCCACAAACAAAUCAACCGCCUCGAGGAUCUUUCCGCUCGCCUGAAUGAUCUUGAAAUGAAUAGUCCAAAUAAAAGACUCUCAAGCAAGAAGGUGGCAAGACAGUUGCAUCAGACAAGCGCCCUGUCCGUGGGGAUGAUGGAGGGGUCUUACCGGGAUACGCUGGACUGUACGGAAGAGGACAUCACGGACAAGGUAAGAGCAGUGCUGCCUGCCCUGUCCUGGAGCACAGAGCGGCUUGCGACCCUCCGAGACCUCCAGGCAGGAGUUGGCCUGAAGCACCCCCGCCUCAAGCAGGAAAACCUGCAGCUCGUGCACAGGGCAAAUGCUCUCGAGGAACAACUGAAGGAGCAGGAGCUGAGAGCUGACCAAACGCUCCUGGAGGAGAUCAAGAAGCAGAGGGAGCUGCUGAGCAAGAUGGAGAGGGAGAAGAGCAUUGAGAUUGAGAACCUGCAGGCCAGGCUGCAGCAACUGGAUGAUGAGAACAGCGAGCUGAGGUCCUGCGUCCCUUGUUUAAAAGCAAACAUUGAAAGACUAGAGGAGGAGAAGCAGAAGCUGCUGGAUGAGAUCGAAGACCUCACGGUGCAGCUCACAGAGGAGCAGGAGAAAAAGAGGAAGAUGGGGGACAAGCUGAGUCAGGAGAGGCACCAGUUUCAGAAGGAGAAGGAGUCGACGCAGGAGCUGAUCGAGGACCUCAGGAAGCAGCUGGAGCACUUGCAGCUCUUCAAACUGGAAGCUGAGCAGCGAAGAGGCAGGAGCAGCAGCAUGGGGCUGCAGGAGUACAACAGCAGGACACGGGAGACGGAGCUGGAGCAAGAGAUCAAGCAGCUCAAGCAGGAUAACAGGAACCUGAAGGAGCAGAACGAUGAACUGAACGGGCAGAUCAUUAACUUGAGCAUCCAAGGAGCCAAGAACCUCUUCUCAGCCUCCUUCUCUGAAUCCUUGGCAGCGGAGAUCAGCUCAGUCUCCAGAGACGAGCUCAUGGAAGCGAUUCAGAAGCAAGAGGAGAUCAACUUCCGCCUGCAGGAUUACAUCGACAGGAUCAUCGUGGCCAUCAUGGAGACGAAUCCCUCCAUCCUGGAAGUGAAGUAAGGGCGGCCAAGAGCCACCGGCCGUGCGCUCGUCGAUGGAUUUGGUGCUCUGAGAGGAUAAAGAGGGACUCGAAACGUCUUUGCUUUGGAUGAAGGCACGAGGAAGCAUCGCGUCAGGUCGGUGGGUGAAUUAGCCAGCAGACCAGGGAAAAAGAAAACCAGCAGCAAGGCUUUGUUGUCUGACUCCGUUAUUUUCAAACCCUUCUGGUUCUGAGGGGUAAAAGGGAACCUGCAGAAGAAACACAGGCAACAGACAACCGGAGGAAGGACCUGGAUCGGCCCUGCUCCCCAUGAAGCUGGGAACUGUCCCCACAGCAGCGUCAGACCCUCUGGUGCGCGGGGCGCGAGCAGGAGCUGUAGGGAGAGGGUUUCUCUGAACUGCGGGGUAACGGGACGGAGAAGGAAGCGACGGAGCCGACGUUUUCCCUUGCUGCCCUGUCCAGCCCAAGAAUCUGCUUUGCCAAAGUGUCCCUGACACAUUCACUCACUGCGGCAGAUCUGGGAAAGAGGGAAACGCGUCCUGGACUUGCAGAGGUGGUUUG